AUGUCUGAUCUUUGUCCUGUUUACGCGCCAUUCUUUGGAUCCAUAGGUUGUGCCUCCGCCAUCGUGUUUACAUGUUUCGGUGCUGCUUACGGUACCGCCAAGUCUGGUGUUGGUAUCUGUGCCACCUCUGUCUUGAGACCAGACUUGCUUGUUAAGAACAUUGUCCCAGUUAUUAUGGCCGGUAUCAUUGCCAUUUACGGUCUUGUCGUUUCAGUGCUUGUCUCCGAUUCCUUGAAGCAACAACAAGCUUUGUACACUGGUUUCAUUCAAUUGGGUGCUGGUCUCUCUGUUGGUUUGUCCGGUUUGGCUGCCGGCUUUGCCAUUGGUAUCGUUGGUGACGCCGGUGUCAGAGGUACUGCUCAACAGCCAAGAUUGUUUGUCGGUAUGAUUUUGAUUCUUAUCUUUGCUGAAGUUUUGGGUUUGUACGGUUUGAUUGUGGCCUUGUUGUUGAACUCUCGUGCUACCCAAGACGUUAUCUGUUAA